AUGGUAUUACAUGGGGACACCUACGCAGUUUUGCGAAAUAUUGACAUGAUCACCGAAGGCGUAACAGAAGAAAGUCUAGCGCGUUCCGACAAACUUUUAAGUACACGCGAUAAUAUUCGUGGAUAUUUGGAGAAGGCCCAUUAUCGCAAUGAACAUCGUUAUAACCUGAGAACUCUAGAAAUAAAAUACAAUGUUGGUCAAGAGGUUUUACGCAAAAACUUUGCUCAUAGUAACAUGGCAAAACAUUUUAAUGCAAAGCUGGCAAAAACUUUCCUUAAAGCCAGAGUGCGAGAGAUAUUAAGUUCUUCUUAUUACUCAUUAGAAGAUUUGGAAGGUAAAAGUAUAGGCACAUAUGAUGCAAAAGACAUGCAACCCUGUUAA